AUGGCUAGCGAGUCGAACAACCAUUCCUACCAGCCGGGGUUCUUGCAGUGGUUCAACAGCCUGGGUUGUUUCAUGCCUUGUGUUAUCAUCUUAUACUUCACCAUGGGUUUUGCAUCUGGCUGGGUGGGAACUGCCUUGGAGCAGAUUGAGAAGCAGUUCCACCUGCCAAGUACCAUCAGUGCCACGCUGGCGACGUCCUCAGACCUGGGCAACUCCUGCAGUGUGGCGUUUGUCGGCUACAUCGGCAGCAAGUUCAACAAGGCUAAAGGACUUUCGUUGGGCAUGUUCCUGUUUGGUGUUGGCCUGACUCUCAAUUCGCUUCCUCAUUAUCUGUUGGAGCCAUACACAGCUUCUGGCCAUGCCGUGAACAGAUCACACGAACAGUCUACAAUCUGCGCUACCAACUCGUCAUCUUCUGUGAACAGCAGCUUGGGUGGAGCUGACCAAGGUGAAGGUCACAUGAGCUACUUCCCGAUGAUGCUGGCGGGUCAAGUGCUCUCGGGUAUCGGGAGUACAACUUUCUACACGCUGGGAGUCGCCUACAUUGACAAUAAUGCACCGGUUGCUAAGUCAGCUGUUUUUAUCGGAAUUAUCAACACAAUGACUACAGUGGGUGCUGCUAUGAGCGCUCUAGUCGGUGGAAGGAUGAUCCUCUACCUGUACGUGGACUUUGAUAGGGUGGACACUGACAGGUGCACAGUCCUAAACCAAAGAAACUGGAAGCACAAAAAAGUGGACGAGGUUCCUCAAAACAUAUUUCAAUUCCUCAAGAAAACGAUAACCGAUUUUCUGAAGGCUCUCUUUAAGCUUAUAUUCGACUUGGAGUUUGUGUUUAUCAGUAUUGGGUCGUCUAUAGAAGGUGUGGCCAUAGCUGGGAUGUCAAUAUUCAUCUUCAAGUACACCAGUCACGAAUUCGACAUGGACUAUGAAACAGCAGGGUACAUCAUAGGUGCCAAGGCUAUAGUUGCGUCCAGCGGCUACAUAUUGGCCGGGUAUUUGAUCAAGACCUUCAAACUGGACUUGCUAGGGAUGGAGAGAGUGACCACCGGCCUUUACCUGUUCGUGUUGGUGUGCGGCCUCUCCAUGUUUGCUGCCUGCCCGGAUGUCCGUAUGACAGGCCUGGAUCUGCCCUAUCCGGGAGACAGCGAUGUGUCAGGAUUCCUCGCGUCCUGUCAAGGUCAGUGCCAGUGUGAAGGUCAGGCGUUCAGUCCUGUUUGUAGCAGCGACGGCCUCGUCUACUUCUCCCCCUGCCACGCAGGUUGUCUGGACAGCAGCAGCGAUGGAGAUGUGAUGACUUACACCAACUGCAGCUGUAUAGCAGCUGGACUCAAUACAACCGUGACAGAUGCUCUGGCCACCGCCACCGCGGGCAAAUGUACCACCGACUGCUGGCAAGUGUACCUCGUCAUGCCCUGCUUGUUCCUGGUCUACAUCGCCAUCUUCAUCUGUGCCACGUUAACUGCCCUGAGUACACUAAGGUGCGUGGAUCCAGAUAUUCAACCCUUUGCCCUCGGAAUAAAGAUGAUAUUUGUUAGGGUGAUAGGUACUAUACCAGCACCCCUGGUAGUGGGCGUGGUGGUCGACUCGGCCUGUGAGCUGUGGGGAGGGGCGGAGGGGGCUCAGUUCUGUCAGCUAUACAACAAGGAGGCUUUAGCUGUGGGAAUCGCCACCAUGUGGCUCAGCGUCGGCAUCAUCGCUUGCACCUUCAUGUUCCUGGCAUCACUUGUCAACCUGUGGAAGAAGAAGAAGAGGGCGAACAAGGAGAGUACCGAGAUGAACGAUGCUGGUGGUUGUGAUGAGAAACAUAACGGAGCAGUGGAGAGUGAUGUUCACGAAAGUUCACCAGAAUGACAGAAUCGCGGUUCAAUACAAGACUUCACAAAUAGUCCAGCCAAUAAAACCCGUCACAUGUAGCCCUCAUGUGGCAGGGAUGUCAACAAAUACAAUCACCCAGACUUGUCUAAAUAUUGAAGAACUGUCAAAAACAAGCUCUCUUUUCAAAAUAUGGCCAAAUAGCUAAAAUGUGUGUUAUGAAUAUGUACUUGAUAAUCAGAUAUAUUUACAGAAAAGACUUUGAAAAACCUGAACAUUAUUAUCUUUUACUUAGAUGACAACACAUGUCCAAACCUUGAUCAAAUUGUAUAUUCUAGUUGUAGAAGGAAGACGUGUUUUCUCUUGAAGCCGGGUCUGCCAAUAGAUUUUACGAGCUGGACAUGCUGCCAACAGGGGAGCCUGUAGCCAUGUUAACACCCCAUGUGAGAACUCGGAGCUACUGGCAAAUCAGAAUAUUGUUGAAUGCGGCGUAAAACUAAACUCACUCACUCACUGGCAAAUCAUAUAGCUAGAUUGUACACGAUACACGGUUUUCACGAAAAGGCAACAGAUAACAUGUGAAGAAUAAUGUUUGACGGAGGAAAAUAAACCAAUUCGUAGAUGUGACAUCUUCACUGUUAACGAAACCGAAUUGAAACAUUCUGUAUACGUUCUGAAAUAAAUUCCAAAAAGUAAGUAUUAAAGUUA